AUGAAUACUCCGAUAUUAACAAAACAGCAGCAGAAACAUUCAUUGUCAGCAAAAAAAGGAUCAAUUAAAAAGCUACGAAAUGUCUUAGCGCAACCUCAAGACAAUUAUUGAUUAUUGCCAACUAUAAAACGUCCAUCUAAAUUAAUUCCAUGGUCACAACUCAAAAAAAUGAAAAAAGAGGAGCGUAUAAUAGCCAAAAAAGAAGCACUUCAAGAACAAGAAAAUGUUUCUAAUUCAGACUUAGCAAAUUCUGUAGUCUUGGGUAUAAAUGCUAUCACUAGAUCUUUAGAAAAAAACAACGUCUGUUGUAUUUUAAUGGAUGCAAAUAUUUCACCGCCACUUUUAAUAAAACAUGUUAUUCAUAUGGCACAGAAUAAAAAAGUACCAGUAUUAUUAUUACCUAAGUUAAAAACUGUAACAUUAAAAUCCAUAGGGUUUGCAUCUGCUGCAUGUGCUUUAAAGAAUGUUGUAAUGGACUCUACAGAUAAUUAUUUUCACCCCUUAUAUGUUAUAAUAUGUGAUAUUUUUAAGGAUGUACCUUUACCAAACAAUAGGCUCCAGUUAUUCAAAGAUAUUGAAUUAUCAGAAGAAAUUAUAUCCGACGAAAAAGACGACAAAAUAAGUGUUGAGAACGAAUCUCAAGUGUCUUUAGAACCAAUUAAAUUUACAGUAUCUACAGAUGUAUAUAUGUAUAGAUCUUCGCGUAAAGAAAGAGCAUUUGUUCCACCUAGCACAAAAGAAAAUUCCACAAAUAAGCCUAUUGUAAAAGAAAUUGAACAAGAUGAUUUUAUUUCCUUAACUAAGUAUGAUUGUAAUGAAUUUGAUACAAGUAUAAAGAAAAAUAUAAGAUAUAGUCAUAUUCAUCAAAAUAAAAACUCGAAAAAACGAAAAAUUGAUAAUAUAUCUGCAAAUGUUACAUAUUUGCCACUGAAAGUCAAACGUUUGCAGGGUAACGUAAAUCGCAUAAAAGCAACGAAAAUUUCAAAACACAAAAAAUGA